AUGCCGAAGGUCAGGCCCUCCUUCCUCCACCCCUUUCCUCUGCGGCUCCUACCCGCUGGCCUGUGCCUCUGCUCUGCUCUGCUCAGUGCUGGCUCCCAUCAGACAGCAGGAUGGUCCAGGACACGUUGGCGGUGCGCGGCAUCGAGGUGGCCCCCUCGAUGACCCAGCCCACCCACAUCGACAUCCACAUCCACCAGGAAUCCGCCUUGGCACUGCUGCUAAAAGCCGGGGGCUCCCUGGUGGAGCGCCUUUCUCACCGUCCUCCCAAGGCCAGCACGAACUAUGGACAGUUGACACUCGGGGUGACGCAGGUGCUGCUGGGGGCUACCAGCUGUGCCAUUGGAGCCCUGCUCUACUUGGGCUUCUGGACUGAUCUGCGUGCCUCUGGCUGUGCCUUCUGGGCAGGCUUUGCGGCCAUUGUGGCGGGAGCCGGGGCCAUCGUCCACGAGAAGCACCAGGGCAAACUUUCAGGCUUCAUGUCAGGUCUGCUCACGCUGGCGGGCGCUGCCACGGCCGUGGCUGCCGUUGUCCUUUAUGUGAAUAGCUUAACCCGGGAACCUGACCGCUUCUUCAACAUCGGCUCCAUGUGUGAUUCCUUAGUCCCCACCACUGGGUCCCCACAUGGGGACUCCUAUUCAUCAUGGGAGGAGGAUCGCUGCAGAGCCCACAUGAAGAUGGUGGUGGACUUGUUCCUAGGAAUCCGUGUUCUGCUCCUGGCUGUCUCUGUCCUGCAGAGCCUUGUGGCCUUGGCUUCCCUGGGCCUGGGUCUUCAGAGCUUGUGCAGCCCAGCUCCUCAAGCCCUGGAUGAGGAAGGGUCAGAGAAGCUCCUAGGGGAGAAUUCAGUGCCUCCCUCCCCCUCCAAGGAGACCACCACGGCUGUCAUUGUCCUGUGAGCAGCCAAAGACCCUACCGGGACAGUCUACACUCCCAGGGCCACUGCCCUGUCCCCCCAUUGCUUCCUGUGGUGACACCCUCCCUUCCCCUCCACCCCUCACCUGAAGUUCCCUCUCCAGGUCCUCAGUUCAAUGAACAGGUAUUGUCGCAUGUCCCCCAAUGCUGAUUAAACAGAAACAACCACAACAAA